AUUCUUCUAAACGAGUCAUCUUUUUCUUUUUUGACUUUCCAAUAUCGUAAAUCUCCUCCCUCAGAAAAUUACAAAGCUUUGGUCUUUACUUAUAAACCCUCAAGCAACUGAAUUUUUGUAUUUGACAACUUGUUUUCUGAUCAUUUCUCUUUUCUGGAUUCUUCGUUCUACAUAUCUAUUUCCUAGUAUAUCAGCCAAGAUGCGUGCAACCUCAUUGCUUGCACAAUGCUUGCCGGGGUUGGUGCCCCAAGACCGAGGAAGCCAAAGCAUGUCCUCUGUAUCAGAGAAAGAUGUGUAUCUCUCGUCUCCGGCGGUGGAGAUUCUCCCCUCAAAGACAGCUCACCCUUAUAAGUAUGCUGGGGAUAAUGUAGACCUGCAAGGACUCAACGUGUUCAAGGGAAGAAUUAGUGUCGUUGAUAUUAUUGGUUUCACUGGUUCCGAACUGAUUUCUUCAAAACCUGACGGGUUUCUGAAAUCUUGUGACAGCUCUAUUGAUCUAGUUAACGUCCUUAAGCACGAGAUUCGUGAUGGACAAUUGAGCUUUAGAGGGAAAAGGGUUCUUGAGUUGGGUUGUAGUUACGGACUUCCCGGGAUUUUUGCUUGUCUGAAGGGUGCUUCCACUGUGCACUUUCAAGACCUCAGUGCGGAGAAAAUUCGAUGCACUACCAUACCAAAUGUUCUUGCAAACCUUGAGCAAGCCCGGGACAGGCAAAGCCGACAGCCGGAGAGUCCUUUGACUCCAUCCAGACAAACUAUUGCCCCAACAGUGCACUUCUACGCGGGGGACUGGGAAGAACUCCCCUCUGUAUUAUCUGUUGUCCGGAAUGAUGUGCCCGAUCUGACUAAUGGGUUGAGCUUUAGCUUCUCCGAGGAGGAUUUCUUGGAUGGAUGCAGUAGCCAAGAUGGAAGCAUCAUGGCACAAGAAAUUUCCUCGAGGAGAUCGAGAAGGCUUUCGAGAAGUCGGGCAUGGGAAAGAGCUAACGAGAUCGAUCAAGGAGAAGGCGGUUAUGAUGUUAUAUUGAUGACUGAAAUCCCAUACCCGGUGUCAUCAUUGAAGAAGUUAUAUGCACUAAUUAAAAAGUGUCUGAGGCCUCCGUACGGAGUGGUCUACUUGGCAACGAAGAAGAACUACGUCGGCUACAACAGCCCAGCGAGGCACCUAAGAAGUCUAGUCGACGAAGAAGGCAUUUUCAGAGCCCAUUUGAUCAAAGAGGUGACCGAUAGAGAUAUUUGGAAGUUCUUCCUCAAGUGAAAAGUUUCAGGACUACACAAAGAACAAAAAUGGCUGCUGAAGUGAUUGCAAAUGUUGUGCUUACUUCUGUGGUAUUGGUGUUAGUUAUUACAUAUACCAGAAAUUGUUUCAAUUCUUUUAAUAGUAAUAAUCAAAGUGAAACAUUUGGGAAGAAUUAGUGCAGGCUAAUCUUGCUA